GUCACACAGGCAGUCACCUUGCGCAGGUACUGACACAAGCAGUGGAGGAAUGGAAGAUAAAGAGGCCCACUACUAAUAUCCCAGUCACAACUGAUAAUGCCAAAAAUCAAAUAAAUGCAGUGAAUGAGGCAGGACUGGGCCCACAGAUAGGGUGCUUUGCACAUGUAGUAAAUUUGGCAUCACAGAAGGGAAUCUCAGUCAAUAGGAUGGACCGCCUCCUUGGGAGGAUCAGGAAGGUGGUUUCCUACUUCCACAGAAGCGCAACAGCUGCUCAUGUGCUUAAGACAAGGCAAGAAAUGCUAAAGCUGCCUACUCAUAAGCUCAUACAUGAUGUCCCAACAAGGUGGAACUCCACUUAUGAUAUGUUAGAGCGUUAUCUGGAGCAGCAGGCAGCUAUAUACUCUGCAUUGACCGACAAGACCCUAAAGAAAAAUGUCAAAGACAUCAUAACCCUUUCUGAUGAUGUGAGAGUGGCAGAGGAGGUCCUCCAGGUGCUUAAACCCCUUAAAACUGUUACAUCUCUGCUGAGCACUGAAACGUUACCAUCUGUGUCAAUGAUCCUUCCGCUGAAAACAAGGAUUCUACAAUCCAUGGCUCCAAGUGUGGAAGACAGCACCAUCACUCAAGAUGUCAAGACUGCCAUUAGAGAGGACCUGAAGCCCAGAUACACUUCACCCCCUACUCUACAGGACUACCUCCACAGAUCUACUGCCCUGGAUCCAAGGUUUAAGUCCCUGUCUCACAUAGACCCUGACCUACGCCAGAGGACAUACAGUGACCUCACCACUGAGAUUGUGAGCAGUCUGGCCACUGAAGACUGUGAUGAGGGUCAAGCUGCAGAGCCAACAGGAGCAAACUUGGACACAUCUCCUCCACAAAAGAAGUCGGCGUUGGCAGAGCUUUUUGGAGAGACCUUUGCCAGCAAAGACAUGGACAGCAAGACUCCUGCUGACAUCAAAGAGGAGGUGGCAUUCUACCUGGCAGCAAGCGGCAUUACAGUGGAUGGUGAUCCACUGACAUGGUGGAAAAGCAAUGAGUUUAAAUACCCUCAUAUUGCUAAGAUGGCAAGAUGCUAUCUCGCUGUGCCAGGCUCUUCAGUUCCUUCCGAGAGAGUGUUCUCAACAGCAGGGGACAUAGUGACUGCAAAGAGGUCCACACUCUCCCCAGACAAUGUAGACACCCUUGUCUUUUUGAAAAAGAAUUUAAAAUUAUAAGCUCAUGUAUGCUUUGUUUUCUUUCUUUAAUUCUUCUUUGAUAAUAAUGCUCUUGUUUCAAGGAAGAUGAUGUGCCUUCUUAUGUUGCACUUUAAUUUGUUUUUUAUUAAUGGUCAUUGGUCCAUGUUUAAAGGAAGGAGAUAUGCCUUUUUAUGUUGCACUUUAAGUUGUUUUUCAUUGAUUAUGUUGAAAAGAAGAUGUUAAUUGUACACUUUAAGUUGAUUUUAUAUAUUUCAAUUGAAUAAUUUAAAAGUGUUAAUAAACAAAAAGACAAAACAUG